UGCUGCAUAUUACUUCAACUCGAGUAUUCAUGCUGCAAGCCCCUGUUUGGCUCUGCGAAAAGCUUUUUGUCAGUGAUGUCAAAACGAAAAUCGGAAAAUUUAAUUAGUUUUGAUAUACACUUAACGAGCUGUGUUCGUCUGAUUGGACUUCCUGGACCUGAUUUCAGUCCAGGCAGAGUGAUUUUGAGUUCUAGGCUGAAAACAAGCACUUUGAGCCUCAAACAGCGUACGAUGGUAACGGUGCAAAUUAAGCCGUCACGUGACUCUGGAACAGACCUGUGUCUGGACGCCCAGCCCCUCCCACGUCUGCCGUCUCCCGCCACUCAACGUCGUCUGAGCCUCUCCGAUUGGGCUGCCGGCUGGAGGGGGCGGGGCCGGGAGCGUAUGUAUAUGCAGAGGCGCGGUGGCGGUCAGAGGUGACUCCGCGACCCUUCUCUGACGAUCCGGACCAUGCCUCUCCUCCUCGCCCUGGUGACCCUGGCCCUCCUGGCCCACGGGCUGGCCUUCGACCUGGGCCAGUGGACCCGCUGCGUGCCCAUCCCGCCGCAGAUGGGCGUGUGCCGGGACCUGGGCUACGCCGAGAUGCGGCUGCCCAACCUGCUGGGCCACGGCAGCCUGGAGGCGGUGCCCAGCUCCGAGGACUGGCGCCCCCUGCUGGACGCGGGCUGCCACGCCCAGGCCCGCGACUUCCUGUGCGCCCUCAUCGCCCCCAUGUGCCUGGACACGUUCGUCCAGCCGUGCCACAGCCUGUGUGUGGCGGUGCGGGACAGCUGUGCCCCGGUGCUGGCCUGCCAGGGACACGCCUGGCCUGAGGCUCUGGACUGCGACCGCUUCCCCGCCCAGGAGGAGAUGUGCCUGCCCCCCGUCCCCAAAUAUGGCAGCCCCUUCUCUAAAGGGCUGCCCCAGCCGGCGUGCCAGCACUGCCCCACUGUGGAGGAGCUACCCUCUCUGAGGAGCGUCCUGGACGCCCUCUGCCUCAAUGACUUUGCCGUUAAAGCCAAGCUGCACCGCCGCCGCUCGCCGUGGAAGGAGGCGGAGUUUGAGGUGGAGGGGCGGGUGGAGUUCGUGCGCCAGGGGCCCCUCCUGCCCUACGACACCCAGAGCCUCCUGCGGCGCUGGCUCCUCCUCAACCUGAGCUGCGCCCGCCUCCUGGUGCGGCCUGGCCGCGCCCAGCUCUACCUGCUGACGGGCGGCGCCCGGCCCGACGGCUCGCUCGCCCUUGCCCGCCUCUUCCCCUGGCACAAGAGGGACGCCAACAUCGCCCACGCCGCCCGUAAGUGGAAACACCACAAGUGCUGACGGGCUUAGAAAACU